AUGUCAUCUCAUAAAUAUAACUUUAAGCCUGAUUCCAGGAGGGUAGUCUGCCGGUGCCAAAGUUCGGGCUGUUACAAGGGCUUUCAUAUCGACGCAAUGGGUGUUUCACAGCAAGGUGUAGAAGUCGUUCCGGCCACAAGGGAGGCACAUGAGCGUGCUGACAGUCGGAGUCGUAUCCACGCAGCGUCUCCAUUGAUUUAUAAUCAAGAUCCUUCAAGGCCAAAUCAAUUGCCGUCACUUAUUGAUAGUCAACAUAUCAUCACAACCAAUCUUGAUCGUCUGUCCUUGAACUCCCAAACCGAGACUGUCAUCAACAACAACCAACAGCAGUCUAUGGAUUCUCGAGUGCUUGAAGCUACUCAGAAAGCGAGAGAAAACGGUGUGCACGAGUAUGAUUGCAACCUUUUUCACCAGUUCACUCUAGCGGAUUUCAAUCCUUCGAAUUGUCAAUUUCUCACGGCAUAG